AUGAGGUUUUUUGACGCUACAAUUUUUGCACUUGCUGCUCCUGCAAUAGCGCUGCUACGCUUUCCCUGCGCCCAACUAGUCAUCGAUAGAUUAGACCCGCUAGUCACGCCCGGUCAAGCUCCCUCUCCGCAUCUUCACCAAAUCCUCGGAGGAAACUCCUUCAACGUAACCAUGGAUCCGGGGAAAGACAUGCCAGGCGAGUCAACUUGCACAUCUUGCCAAUUCAGUGAGGACUUCUCCAACUACUGGACAGCCGUUCUCUACUUCAAAGCCAGAAAUGGCACAUACAAACGCGUGCCCCAAAUUCCAAACUCAGGCUUCAAUGGCGUCAACGGAGGAAUGACGGUAUAUUACAUGCAAGACGGACUAUAUAACUUCCAGCAAACAUCAAAGGUCCAAGCCUUUCAGCCGGGCUUCCGGAUGUUCAUCGGAGACGUAAACGCACGCUCGAAGCAAGAAGCAGAGCGCUUCAGACAAUUGACAUUCACGUGUCUCGACCACAUCGACACCCGCGAUCCGCAAACCCUCGAUUUCCCAGACAAACCAUGUAAAACCGGCAUCAUGACAGCCGUUCGCUUUCCUACCUGCUGGGAUGGCAAAAAUCUCGAUUCUCCAGACCACAUGGCACACAUGGCAUAUCCUGAACACGGGACCUUUGAGUCGGGUGGACCCUGUCCAGCCAGCCAUCCUGUCCGAAUGAGCCAGCUCUUCUACGAAGUCGUAUGGGAUACGAGUGCGUUCAACGACUUGGCUGAAUGGCCCGAGGACGGUAGUCAGCCGUUUGUCUGGAGUUUCGGCGAUAGGACUGGCUUUGCGAACCACGGCGACUAUAUCUUUGGUUGGAAAGACGACGCGCUACAGCGAGCCCUUGACUCGCCCUGCUAUGUCAAUUGCCCCACGCUCAAGACGCAAGAUGCAGCUGCCAUGAAUAAAUGCACCGUACCGCGCGUAAUUAACGAAGACAUUGAUGGUUGGGUUACCGAGCUACCUGGUGGCUACCAGGCGCAGUACAUCAAGAAACGCUGGACCUAA